GCUGGGGCCUAUGGAGUUUCAAUUUCCGGCAUAACGAAAGCAUAAAAGUGAGAUUUUUGCAAACUCAAUCCAUUCCAGUUUGGAAAACCUGCCGAAGAGAAGGAAAGAUUGAACAUUGAUUGAAGAUUGAAGUGAAUCCGAAAAUGAAACUUUGCAUUGCAAUAUUUGUUGCUGUGGUCGCAUGUCUCUCUGAGUCAGUAAACGGUGGAGAAAGCGAGGUGAUUCGUGUUUUUGACAAACACCGAAAUAUGUGCAACGAGGAGAUGCUACGAUACUUGAAGAAGGCGGAGCUUGAGAGGCUUGGCUUCAAGAAGACUGUUGAAGUCGCCACGGAAACUGAUGAAAAUGGCAAGAAAACAAAUAAAACGACCAUUUACUACUUGGUCACCGACCAUUGCUCUCGAGCCAGGUUCUGGGAAGGUGUUUUAGAACAUCAUUUGCCAGAGGAGUUCAGAAGCUUGAAGCUCACGUCAAAAAUCAUGAAAGAGAUUGAAAGUCGCAUCAAGGGUCGCAAGACAAAGAGCUGUACACUUGGUUUGGAAAUUCACCUCCUUCCAGGUUCAAACGAGGCUCGGAACAAACGUAAUGUCGCUAGAGAUUCUCUUCCUCGUAGUCAUAAGUGUUGUUGUUGUGGGGGUAUUAAUUACGAUUGA